AUGGCUCGCGGCUACUCACCACCCGAAUCGCCGCUAUCCUCGGUGCGCUCCUCGGAGCGCUCUGACGAUGAAGGGCACGACUUCGACGACGCCUCGUCGCGCCCGUCGAAGCGGCUCAAGGUCGACGGCGCAUCUCGGGCGUCGCGCGCCUCCUCGGCCGCCGUGCACGACGCCGACCACGACCACGUAGAUGUCGUGCCCGAGCCAGACCACCUCGAGGGCAUGUCAGACCUGUCGUCAGACACGUCAGGCGACAUCCCCAGCUCGCCGGCCAACGCGCGGCUCGACGAGGAGGACUUUCAGGAGCAGGUCAGCGUCUGCGACUGGGACGGCUGCGAGGCCGGCGAUCAAGGCAACAUGGACCGGCUGGUCGAGCACAUCCACAACUCCCACAUCGAGAACCGCCAGAAAAAAUACACGUGCGAGUGGAAGAGCUGCCCGCGCAAGGGCCUGACGCACGCCAGCGGCUACGCCCUCAAGGCACACAUGCGCAGCCACACGCGAGAGAAGCCAUUCUACUGCUACCUACCAGAAUGCGACCGUUCCUUUACGAGAUCCGACGCCCUAGCUAAGCACAUGCGGACCGUGCACGAGACCGAAGCCUUGCGCCCCUCCGACCCCGUGCCCAAGUCCAUGCAGGCCGGCCCGCCGGGCAAGGCGAGCAAGCUCAAGAUCAUCAUCAAGACGCCGCAAUCCCACAGCCAAGGUGGCCAGGACGGCGCGGGGACCGCCGCCCACGACGAGGACGAGGAGGUGGGCCACGCCGACUACUUCACCCCGCUGACGAGCGAGCUGUUCACGGCCGACGAGCUCGCGCUGCCCGUCGACAAGCUGUACCGCAAAUGCUACUGGGAGGCCAAGUGGGCCGGCGAGGUUGGCGAGACGCUGACGCGCGAGUGCCGCGAGUGGGAGGAGACCUACUACAACGAGUGGCUCGAGAAGGAGGUGCUGCUCUCGCAGGUCAUCCAGAGCGAGGUCGACUGGCACCAGCGCCGUGAGGCUGUGCUCGCCGCCGACGAGCAGAAGAAGAAGCAGAAGCAGAAGCAGGAGGAGGAGGAGGCCGCGGCGACUAACGGAGCGCCGGCCGAGGACGAGAAGCAGCAGCCGCGUGCGCAGGAGAACGGCGUGAAAAGGGCUGCCACCGCGGCGAGCGACGAGGCGGAUCGACCCGUUGCGCUCCGGCCAGGGGCCAUUGCUAUUUAG